AUGGGCGCUCAGCGGGAGCGAGACAGGAGGAAGGCCACGGCCUCUUCGCGCGGCGGCGGGAAAAAGAUGAAAAAAAGCAAAGGCAGAAGAGACGAGAAGUCCUCCGUGUCCUCCCUCAAGCUCCGUCAGAGAGAACAGCAGGAAAUUCGUGAACUCGAAGACCGCAUCUGCGUUGAGAUGCCUCUGCCCGGUCUGACGUGGCAGCCGCCCCUUCUCCAGUCUUCUCUCGCGUCCGCUGAGGCUGCCUCAGCGGCCUCUUGCGCAGCGGCAGCGUCCGAGUCUUCUUCAGCCGCCCCGAGCCGGGAGGCAGCGAAAGGCGACGACGCGCCGCCUCAAGAGGCUGCAGACAGCCCGCCGUCCGCCGCCGGCGCCGGGGCGACGCCCACGCUCUCUCGCUUCUUCUUCUCCGAUUUGCCUCUCAGUCAGUACACGCGCCGCGGCCUUCGAGACGCUGGACUCCGUCUGCUCAGCUCCAUCCAAGCCCGCGCCAUCCCGCACGCCCUGAGAGGCGCAGAUGUCCUCGGCGAAGCAAAGACGGGCAGUGGCAAAACUCUGUGCUUCGUCAUUCCCGUUCUGGAGUGUCUUUACAGACACUGCGUGAGCAACAUCGACGGCUUGGCCGCUCUCGUCCUCGCGCCAACGCGCGAGUUGGCUGUGCAAAUUUUCGACGUUUUCAAACUAGUAGGCCGGCACCACGAGUUUUCGGCCGGCUGCCUGAUUGGAGGCAAGAGCGUGAGCGCCGAGGCGCAGUGCGUGAACGUGUUGAACAUCAUCGUUGGGACUCCCGGGCGCGUCCUCCAGCACAUGGACGAGUCGCAUUUGUGGGAAGCCAGCAACCUGAAGAUUCUCGUGAUCGAUGAAGCAGAUCGCCUUGUGGACAUGGGGUUCUUGGAGACGACCCGGCUCAUCCUCAGCCAGCUUCCGUCCUCUCGGCAGUCUCUGCUUUUCUCUGCAACGCUCAAGAGUGCUGUCAAGCGCCUAGCUGCUCUCGCGGCCUUACCUGACGCUGAACGCAUUUCCGUCGACGCAGGGCUGACCGCGACGCCGCUGACGCUGCGGCAGAGCUACGUCGUGGUCCCCGCUCAGCACAAACUGAGCGCGUUGUUUUCGUUCCUCAGGACGCACAGUGCCAAGAAGAUCCUCGUCUUCGUCUCGAGCUGCAAACAAACGCGGUUCCUCUACGAAAUCUUUCGCAUUCUCAAACCCGGUCCGGGUCUGCUCUACCUCCACGGGCGCCAGAAGCAGCAGAAGCGUCUGGAAGUGUUCCAGUCUUUCGUCGACCGCCCAGGGGCGUGUUGCCUCAUUAGCACGGACUUGGCGUCGCGCGGGAUCGAUUUCACGCAGCUUUCGUUCGCCUCGACCAAGAGCCGGCGCACCCCAGGGCCUGCGGCGAAGGGGAAGGGAGCUGCGAGGCAAGAGGGGAACGCGGAGGGAGAUGUGAACGCGAUGAGGAAGAACGCGAAAAAAAACGGAGUGGACUUUGUCGUACAACUCGACUGUCCCGACAGCAUUGAGACCUAUAUUCAUCGAGUGGGACGCACUGCCCGAAUGCAGCGGAAAGGGCAAGCUCUCCUCAUGGUGCUACCUUCGGAAGUCAAGUUCGUCGAGCGGCUACACGAGAAAAAGAUCGAGAUGAAGCAACUUUUCAUGAAUCCCAAGAAGGCAGUUCGUAUUGAAAACAAACUCCAGUCAAUUCUGGCAGAAAACACGGCCCUCAAGUUUCUCGCGCAGCAAGCUCUCGCGAGCUAUCUCCGUUGCAUCGCCCUGAUGCCCGACAAGUCCGUGUUCAACCUUCCCACGGAGGCGAAGCCGCUGACGGCCCUCGCCAACGGCUACGGCUUGUCUCUGCCUCCGAGUGUAACAGUCCUCGCUGCGGAAGAAGGGAAGGCGAGGCACAAGGUCUCAGACACAGAACGCGGCGGCGAAUGCGAAGCAGGUGACCCCGUCUGCACGGGCGGAGCUGUCGCAGUAACGGAGAUGAAAAAAAAGAAAAAUCUCUCAAAGCUGGACAGACUCAAGGAGAAAAUCCGUCAAAAGAAGGCCGACAAGGAAGCCCGCCGUCUGGCUGCGUCGGCGGAGACAGAGACGGUGCAGUGCAGCUUGGACGGCGGUGCACACGCAGGGACGCCAGGCACGCCAGAGUGUGGAAAACCUCUGAGGCGUGAGAAGUGUGCAGAUGCGAGGGUGACAAGCGCAUGCGAGCGUGGACACAGCGUGUUGGAUGACGAAGGCGAAGAAGACGGGGAAGAAAGCGAGAGACUUGACGACGUGGGCUUCCUCCGUCUGAAAAUGGGAUCCGGUGAAAAGGAAGAAGCUGUCUUUGAUAAAAACGAGAAUGGGCGCCUGCUUCAUGAACAGCUUAUCAGGAAGCCAGGGUUCCAGCGUGAGCGGCUACGCUUCAGAAAGGACGGCACGGCGAAGGUGAAAGGUUUGGCCGUAGCGUCUAUGCAGCAGAGCCAUGUGUUCUUUCAGGAAGACGAAGAUGAAGAGGAGGCGACAGAAGAGCGAGCCAAAGAAACCGAGGCAGACUCACGUGGAGAAGAGGGAGAAAACGACUCAGGUUUGCCCUCCGCGGCGGGGCGGGCUGCGUUCCUGCAGAAGAUGCGCCUGAAAGUCCUGGAAGCGCAGCAAGGGGACAAGGAGAGGAACCGGAAGCGUAUCCAGGAGCGGCACACGCGCCAGCGGCAGAAAGAGCGAGCGCGGCGCCAGGCGGAGGCUGCAGAACGCAGCGGCCUGGGAGCUGAGGCGAUGCUGGAUCUCCGAAACGCGCAGCGGGCAGACGAGGAAGAUGAGGAGGAGAGAGAAACGGGAGAGGGAGGCAGUCAGGUGUCUCCCUCGUCGUCAGCUGUCUCGAGUGAAGCAGAAGAACGGGAAAAACGCGAAGUAUCAGCAACAAGCACAAGAAGAAAGCCUGAGUUUGGUGGCGAGAGACAGCAGAAGGGCGGGGCCAAACGGCGCCGACUUGACGGUCAUUUCUCGAAAGGGGGUGAAGAUGCUCAGGAAGCGACGGAUGAGGCAGAUUUGGAGGCACGUGCUCUGCGGGUUCUUGAAGGGAACAGGAGCUAA